AUGGGCCUGGCUAUGACUGUGGCCGUGGCCGUGGCCGUGGCCGUGGCUGUGGCUGUGGCACGGCCGGCUGGUGACGGGUCGGAGAGCCCAACCUCACCGCCUCCCGGAAGCCUGCCCGGCCCACCCCCAGGUGCACCUCCUCCUUCCCCCGUACCACCCAGCCCCCAGCCCCCAGCCCCACAACCACCAGCUCUCCAGGCCCCAGCCCCCCAGCCCCUCAGCUCCCCAGCCCCCAGCCCCACAAUCACCAGCUCUCCAGGCCCCAGCCCCCCAGCCCCCCAGCCCCCCAGCCCCUCAGCUCCCCAGCCCCCAGCCCCCAGCCCCCAGCCUCUCAGCUCUCCAGUCCCCAGCCCCUCAGCUCCCCAGCCCCCAGCCCCACAAUCACCAGCUCCAGGCCCCAGCCCCCCAGCCCCCCAGCCCCCCAGCCCCCCAGCCCCCAGCCCCCAGCCUCUCAGCUCUCCAGUCCCCAGCCCCUCAGCUCCCCAGUCCCCAGCCCCUCAGCUCCCCAGUCCCCAGCCCCCCAGCCCCCAGCCCCCAGCCCCUCAGCUCCCCAGUCCCCAGCCCCCCAGCUCCCCAGUCCCCAGCCCCCCAGCCCCCAGCCCCCAGCCCCCAGCCCCCUCAGCUCCCCAGUCCCCAACCCCCAGCCCCCAGCCCCCAGCCCCCAGCCUCUCAGCCCCCCAGCCCCCCAGCCCCUCAGCUCCCCAGCCCAGCCCCCCAGCCCCUCAGCUCCCCAGUCCCCAGCCCCCCAGCCCCCAGCCCCCAGCCCCUCAGCUCCCCAGUCCCCAGCCCCCCAGCCCCCAGCCUCUCAGCCCCCCAGCCCCCCAACCCUCAGCCCCUCAGCUCCCCAGUCCCCAGCCCCCCAGCCCCCCAGCCCCUCAGCUCCCCAGUCCCCAGCCCCCCAGCCCCCAGCCUCUCAGCCCCCCAGUCCCCCAGCCCCUCAGUCCUCCAGCCCCCAGCCCCCAGCCCCUCAGCUCUCCAGCCCCUCAGCUCCCCAGCCCCUCAGUCCCCCAGCCCCCAGCCCCCCAACCCUCAGCCCCUCAGCUCCCCAGCCCCCAGCCUCCUCCCACCCCCUGCCCCAGACGCUGUGCUCACAAGCCUGGGAGGGGGGCCCUGGGAGUGGCAGAUCUGGCCGCCAGCUGGGCGGCCCCGAUACCCGGGCUGAGGAGGGACCACCGCCGGCCACCUGGCCUCACCGGGCCUCCGCUCCGUGACGCCGGUGCAGGGUUAAGGACUCUGCAGGCCGUGGCCGCGGUGGAGGUCGUGGCCGCAGUGGAGGCCGUGGCCGUGAUGGAGGCCGUGGCCGUGAUGGAGGCCGUGGCCGUGGUGGAGGCCGUGGCCGUGGUGGAGGCCGUGGCCGCGGUGGAGGCCGUGGCCGCGGUGGAGGCCGUGGCCGUGAUGGAGGCCGUGGCCGUGAUGUGGGCCGUGGCCGCGGUGGAGGCCGCGGCCGGGGUGGAGGCCGUGGCUGUGAUGGAGGCUGUGGUGGAGGCCGUGGCUGUGAUGGAGGCCGUGGUGGAGGCCGUGGCUGUGAUGGAGGCCGUGGUGGAGGCCGUGGCCGUGAUGUGGGCCGUGGCCGUGGUGGAGGCCGCGGCCGGGGUGGAGGCCGUGGCUGUGAUGGAGGCCGUGGUGGAGGCCGUGGCCGAGGCCGUGGCCGUGAUGGGGGCCGUGGCCGCGGUGGAGGCCGUGGCCGUGAUGGAGGCCGUGGCCGUGGUGGAGGCCGCGGCCGGGGUGGAGGCCGUGGCUGUGAUGGAGGCCGUGGCCGCGGUGGAGGCCGUGGCCGUGGUGGAGGCCGUGGCCGUGGUGGAGGCCGUGGUGGAGGCCGUGGCCGCGGUGGAGGCCGUGGCCGUGGUCGAGGCCGUGGCCGUGGUGGAGGCCGUGGUGUGA